AUGCGUGAUAGAAAAAACAAAAAGAGCGAGCCUCAGGCCGACGAACCUCGGCUUAGCGGCAGCCCCACUGGUCAGAUGGAAUCUGGCAUCAUGGCAUGGUAUAGCCAGACUAUCGAUAUUCUUCGCGAUUCGGUUGGGAACCACCGCGCCCAACUUCCCGUGCUUGCUGCGACAGGGGCCUCGUUGACUGUGGGGCUCCUCUUGCGCUCGCUUCUCACUGAGCAGCGUCCGCAAGGUUCUGUACUCCGUUGCCCCCAAGUCAUAGCCUCGUCCGCCGCGUCAGAUGCAGAGAACGAGAACGGUGAAAUUCCUCUCCCAAACGAUGUGCUCCCGGGGGCUCGUGAUGUGCCGACUCCGUAUGGAUCGAUGCGAGUGUAUGAAUGGGGUCCAGUAGAUGGACCGAAGGUCUUGUUCGUCCAUGGUAUCACUACGCCGUGCAUUGCCCUAGGUGGAGUGGCGCAUGCUUUGGCGGACCAAGGAUGUCGAGUUAUGCUAUUCGACUUGUUUGGAAGAGGCUACUCGGAUUGCCCGACCGACCUCCCUCAGGACGAUCGACUCUUUGCAACCCAAAUAUUGCUUGCUUUGAGCACAUCUUCAGUAUCAUGGACGGGUGCUGGUAGUGGUAAAUUUAGCCUAGUUGGCUACUCUUUAGGGGGAGGGAUAGCAGCAUCCUUUGCGUCAUUUUUCCCCCAGUUACUGUCUUCACUGGUUUUGCUUGCCCCGGCGGGCUUGAUACGUGACUCUCAGAUCAGCUUUCAGUCACGGCUUCUUUAUUCCCGUGGCCUUAUCCCUGAACAUUACGCCGCGGAUGCAUUGACCGAGGAGCUUCCCUCACAAGGAGGCGCCAACACUCAGCUGUUGUCUCGAGCGUAUCCGCAUGUUACUGUGCCCGGAGCUGUUAAAUGGCAAGUUAAUUGUCACGCUGGCUUCGUUCAUGCUUUCAUGUCCAGCAUGCAACACGGGCCGAUAUUACAGCAGCGCCAACGGGAAUCAUGGGAGCGCCUCGGUGAAUUCCUAUCUACUCAGAGCAAACUAUCACCCGAAGAGCAGCAGGAUAACGGUCUCCCAAGUGACAAAGUGAUUAUCAUGUGUGGCGAGCAUGACUCGGUUAUUGUCAAGGACGAACUUGUCCCAGAUGCCACUUCCGCUCUCCAGGGCAACGUGGUAUUCAAAUACUUCAAUGCGGGACACGAAUUCCCCAGUACAAAAUAUGAUGACGUAGCACGCGCCUUAAUGGAAGUGUUGCAUUGA